UACGGUAACACAUUUUUGGUAGAGAGGCGCUUGAAGUCAGCUUAAACAAAAUGGGGGUACUGAGCAAAAUCUCCCCUCAAAAAGCAGCCUUGUCCACUGCUGUUGGCAUUGCUAUCUACGUAGUUUAUAAAACUAAUGCCAGUAAAAAGCAACUGAAAACAGGCUCUGAAGUCAAAGUGUUUGUUCAUGGGGCCACAGAGAAGAAAGAAAGGGCUGCAGUUGAUGGAGUUUUCUUCAGACGCAUGGGAAAAAUACUUGGAAUAUUGCUGCCAUCUUGGUUCUCUCAUGAGGUAUGGUACCUUGUACUUGUGGCAAUAUCACUGAUGUGUCGGACAUAUGCAGAUGUUUGGAUGAUACAGAAUGGAACAGCCAUUGAAAGUGCCAUUAUUGGGAGGAAUAUGGAGUUGUUCAAGAAACAUUUGUUCAAGUUUAUGUGGGCCAUGCCUAUAAUAUCUGUGGUGAACAACUGUUUGAAGUAUGGAUUGAACGAACUAAAGCUGCGAUUUAGAACCAGAUUAUCCAACCAUCUCUAUGAAAAAUACUUGAGGGGUUUCACAUACUACAAGAUGAGUAACCUUGACAACAGAAUAUCCAACCCCGAUCAGCUUCUUACCACAGAUGUAGACAGGUUCUGCGAAUCUGUGGCUGAACUCUACUCAAACUUAAGCAAGCCCAUCCUAGAUGUUAUUAUAUAUACAGUAAAACUGACAGAGGGUAUAGGUGCACAGGGUCCAGCAGUGAUGUUAGGAUAUCUGGCAUUUUCAGGGAUGGUUCUUACAAGGUUGCGGCGACCAAUUGGUAAACUGACUGUGAUAGAACAAAAACUAGAGGGAGAAUACCGCUACGUAAAUUCUCGACUCAUAACAAACAGUGAAGAGGUAGCAUUCUACCAGGGAAAUAAGAAAGAGAAAACAAUUAUACUGGCAACAUUUAAAAAGCUGGUUAACCAUUUGAGAUACUUUAUUUUCUUUCGGCUACAGAUGGGAUUUGUAGACAACAUUAUUGCCAAAUAUUUUGCGACUGUGAUAGGAUACUUGGUUGUAAGUCGGCCGUUCUUAAAUCUGGCUAAUCCGAAAUACGACAGCAGCUCACAUAGUGAGAGAUUAGAGGAUUACUACAAGAGUGGUCGUAUGUUGGUCCGAAUGGCAGAGGCUAUUGGCAGGAUAGUCCUGGCUGGCAGGGAGAUGACCAGACUAGCAGGAUUUACUGCACGUAUCACUGAGUUGAUACAGGUACUUGAUGAUCUCAACAGGGGUAAAUACCAGAGAACCAUGGUCACCAGUAACAACCAUAAAGUAGAUGACAAACCAACAGUGGAGUUUAAGCCAGGCAGUGGCAAGAUGGUGUUCCAGGAUUAUAUCAUCAAAUUUGACAAGGUACCUCUGGUUACACCAAAUGGGGAUGUACUGGUUAAGGAACUCAACUUUGAGGUGAAAUCUGGUGUGAAUGUGCUGGUAUGUGGACCAAAUGGUUCUGGGAAAAGCUCUUUGUUCAGAAUUCUGGGAGAGUUGUGGCCAUUGUUUGGAGGAACUAUGACAAAACCUGAAAAAGGGAAACUCUUCUAUGUACCUCAGAGACCAUACAUGACUGUAGGGACAUUACGAGACCAGAUUAUUUACCCAGAUUCUGUAGAGGAACAGAAACGCAACAGAGUCAGUGAUGAAAUGUUGGAAGAUAUUCUCAAGAAAGUGCAAUUAGGGUAUAUCCUUGAGAGGGAAAAAGGCUGGGAGUCUGUGCAGGAUUGGAUGGAUGUUCUCAGUGGAGGAGAGAAACAACGAGUAGCUAUGGCACGCCUGUUCUACCAUAAACCACAGUUUGCUAUAUUAGACGAGUGUACUAGUGCUGUCAGCAUGGAUGUUGAGGGCUAUAUAUACCAGCACUGUAGGGAAGUGGGCAUUACACUGUUCACAGUGUCUCAUAGAAAAUCUCUGUGGACACAUCAUGAGUACUACUUGAUGUUAGAUGGACGAGGAAACUACGAGUUCAAGAAGAUAACUGAGGAUACAACAGAAUUCGGCUCAUGAUAAAACUUUGUUAGACACUGAAAUUCUUGAUUGAAUUGGAGGGGUCAGAGCAGAAUGUCUAAUCUUCUUUAUUUAUUUGCACAAAGGUGUUUUCGCUUUUACCCUUCAAAGUAUGUGAUGAUUCUAAAAAAAUUUUUUUUACGGGUAUACAAAGGAUGUCCACGAAAAAAAAGAUACUCGUAUGAAUAGUGUAAGAUGGUAGUAUUAAUAGUUCCUUUAAUACAUCUGUCCAAUGUUAUACUGGGGUACGAAUUUACUAAAAGAAACUUAUAUGAAAAAAUACUUAAUAUAUCAUGCUCGAAAUACACUUGAUUUGUAUAAAGUUUGUUUUGGAUAGCUUUCUGUAACUUUUGAAAACACAUCCUUGCACAUAUUCGAUAUAUACAGUGCUAAUUUAACAAUGACAGAGCAAUGAAAAAAUUUAGCCUUUUAAAGUUUGUCUAAAUUUCAUUGACAAAUUCUUCUUGCAUUUACUAUGGUUAUUUUCUGGGGGGAAAAAGAAACAACAAAAAAUACAUUUGGCACCAAAGCAUUGUACACCAGAAAAGGCACCAAAUGUAUGUUGAAUGAUUCUGGAACUGAAAUUUUCACUUUUGCAUCAUUGAAUAUUUAUUGUAUCAGUAAUCUGGUUUACUAAUUUAUGAAUGAUUUUAACAUUUUGAUUGUUUAGAUACAAGAAACUCGGUGAAACAUACCCCACAUCUUGUAUUUAGUGAUAAUUUUAUCUUUUAUGAACUGGAUCAUUUGUAUCAUCCUGUGUUGAAAUUCAUUUUAAUACAAACUAUAUAUGUAUAUACUGUUUAUUUAUAUGUAUUUUACACAAUCAUGUUGCACCUAAGAAGUACAUAAUUAUUUUGAAAAUGUGUUUUAUAUUGUGUAUCAUUUUUAAUUGAUCAGAUGUUACUGUUGUUGAUUGUUUUACUAAUUUUGUAUAUGAUAUGAAUACAUUUGCACAUAUUGUUUU